AUGGUUGAAGAAGAACAUACACCUAAGUGUAGUAAUAGCGGCAGCGGCGGUGGUGGUGGUGGUAGAUCGUCGAAAAAGCUGAAGCAUAAAAAGGUGCCGCAGAGAGGAAUGGGGGUGGCGCAGCUUGAGAAGAUAAUAUUAGAGGAACAACAAAAGAAAGACGUAGGGAUUUUGACACCUAAUUCAAUCAUAUCUCCGGCGACUUCUUCUUCUUGUUUGGCCAACAUUCAGUCAGUUCCUAAUUUCAGGCCGCCGUUAGUUCCUUUACCACCACCAUUGCCGCCGAAUCACCAACCUCUGAUUCCAAGAACUGAUGGUGUGAAUCCUAGUUUUGUGUCUAAGCCAAUGCAUACGAGCAGUGAUGGUGGUAAUAACUGGAGUAGAUCAUCGACUGGUGGUGAGUACAGGUUCCAUGGGGAGAAUCCGAAUCCAAAUCCGAAUCCGAAUCAAAAUCGUGGGUUGGACCACCGUGGAUUCACGGCCGCCACCGCCAUGCCAACCAAUCUAGUUGGCUUGCCUUACGAAUCCAACCCUCCUAUUUGGCCACCGCACUCCAAUAUUGCACAGAGAUCACAACCUUUUCAGCAACCCUGUUCCUCAUCAAUGGUGAAUGUUUCAUUAGGAACGACAUCAUCAUCAUCCGUCAUGAAUUUUCAGAUGGAGCCCCCUUCAAACCAAAGCUAUUGUGGCAACAACUAUCCACCAUUGUGGCCAGAUGAAGACAAGAUGAUUGGCAUGAAGAGAUCAUACCCUUUUUCAAUGGAAAAUAUGCCAAUUCCCUCUUUCAACUGCAAAUUCCCUUUCUCUCCAAUCUCAAGACCAGAUGAAUCAACUUCUUGUAGCAAUGGAGGCACUACUAGUUUAGAGCCUUCCAAUCCUAGUUUCAGAGAAACCCCUUCAAGCUUAGGUGCGAUGACAGAUCAAAUGACCAAGAAACUUAUUGACGAAAACCACGGUCUCACCAAAGAUUUUCUCACAUUGGCACCUCCUCGAGCAUCGCACUCGAGUUUAAAAGAGAAGAUGGUUCAAACACACAAAAACCCAUCUGGAGGAGAAUGGCCAAACCAACAGCCAUUGCAUAGUUUCUUUCCAGCAGCAAAGACUCCUGGAACCAGCAAUGGGGAAGCAGUGGAACAUGUUGAUCUCAAUUUGAAGCUGUAG